GGCACCUUGUUUCGUAUUGACUAAAUGAUUCAUUGAUUUCAGGUCGCAGCGAACUAUACCGUUGACUUGGAACAAUGGCCUCACCUACAGUAAAGAAUGUGCGGGAUGGGCUCCAUACCUCCAAUACAAGCUCCAUAUCUACAUAUCUGCUGCUAACGGAUCAUACCGCCCAAAAACAUCCUUGCCCCUUACUCAUAUCCGCAAACUAGGUUAGAUAUAUGUCGGAGGAUAAUCCGGGCAACAAUCGAUGACUUCAACACUCGGAUAUGAAUCAAUAGCUGUACCUAGUGACGGCGGGCAACAUAACAUUGUCGAACUGCUCCAUAUUGACAAAACCGAUAACGUCUUCGGCUUCAUUGAACGCACCAAGUGACACAACAUCGUAAGCUCAAGAAAAUGGUACUCGAAAAGGAGUCCUUUAAGGGGGAAGCAUACCAAGCUCAAGAAGAGACCUACUUCGACGAUGGAAGAGAGAUUGAUUUACUCCAUUUCCUCUAUGGACACCCUGAUCUAGACGAAAUUCGAGGAAAUCCUCAGCGGGUCCUCGAUGCUAUUGAUGAAUAUGGAAAGACAGAGAAAUAUCUUAUGAACAUAGGCGAAUACAAAUCGAAAACGAUCGUGGACCUCAUCAAGAAACACAAACCAAAUGUCAUGGUCGAACUAGGUGGGUACGUUGGAUACUCCGCCGUCGCCUUCGGGGCUGCCUUACGAGACUCUGGAGGCAAGCGAUAUUUCAGCUUGGAAUUGAACCCCGAGUUCGCCGCUGUAAUAUCCAUGGUCGUCGAUCUCGCCGGACUAAGUGACAUUGUCAAGGUUAUCGUUGGCGCCAGUUCCGAAUCUUUACUACGACUCCGCAGAGAACAGAAAUUGCAGGAUAUUGACAUCCUCUUCCUCGACCACCAGAAGGCAUCCUACAUAACUGACUUGAAGCUUUGCGAGGAUCUGGACUUCAUUCGAGCUGGAACUAUAUUGGCAGCAGAUAAUGUUGUCAAGCCGGGGAACCCCCCCUAUUUGAAAUACGUCCGAAGCACGGUGGAGGAGAAAAGGAGACAGCUUGAUAGCGAAGAUGAGCCUUUCCAGCAGGGAAACCCUAAUCUGAUAUACGACAGCCAAUUCGUGGAGGGGUGGGAACCGAGUGGUGUACCUGAUGCGGUAGAAAUCACAACUUGCACUGGUGUACAAGUAUCUUAAGUGUUCUUGGCAUAGU